UCAUUGUUUUGCUGAAACCGUCAAAACGUCCGCUUGCUGUGCCUAGAACCGUGUACCGCUCUGUGAAAUUUUAAUUUUUAUUUGCUCUUAUACUCAAAUUUAACUCAAAAUGCGUGAAAUCGUUCAUCUUCAAGCUGGCCAGUGUGGAAACCAGAUCGGUUCCAAGUUCUGGGAAGUCAUCUCAGGUGAACAUGGCAUCGACCCCACUGGUAACUACACCGGAGACUCAGAUCUUCAACUUGAAAGGAUCAACGUUUAUUACAAUGAAUGUGGAGGAGGUCACAAGUAUGUGCCUCGUGCAAUCCUUGUCGAUUUGGAACCUGGAACCAUGGACUCUGUACGAUCCGCUGCAUUCGGUCAGAUUUUCCGACCUGAUAACUUUGUUUUUGGACAGAGUGGUGCCGGCAACAACUGGGCCAAAGGACAUUAUACUGAGGGCGCUGAAUUGGUGGAUGCUGUUUUAGACGUUGUCAGGAAAGAGUCAGAAAGCUGUGACUGCUUACAAGGUUUCCAGCUGACCCACUCACUUGGUGGCGGUACUGGAUCCGGAAUGGGAACGCUCCUUAUCUCCAAAAUCCGUGAAGAAUACCCUGACAGAAUCAUGAACACGUUCAGUGUUGUCCCAUCCCCCAAGGUCUCAGACACCGUUGUGGAACCUUACAACGCUACCCUGUCAGUCCAUCAGUUGGUCGAAAACACAGAUGAAACUUUCUGUAUCGACAAUGAAGCCUUAUACGACAUCUGCUUCCGUACACUGAAGCUCUCAACCCCCACCUAUGGUGAUCUCAACCAUCUUGUCUCAUCAACUAUGUCCGGAGUUACAACCUGUCUCCGAUUCCCAGGUCAACUGAACUCUGAUCUCCGCAAACUGGCCGUGAACAUGGUUCCCUUCCCACGUUUGCACUUCUUCAUGCCUGGUUUCGCACCUCUCACCGCCCGUGGCUCUGUCAACUACCGUGCCACGUCUGUCCCCGAACUCGUCCAACAAAUGUUCGACUCGAAGAACAUGAUGGCCGCCUGCGACCCACGUCACGGCCGAUACCUCACCGUCGCUGCCAUCUUCCGUGGUAAGAUGUCAAUGAAGGAAGUCGACGAACAGAUGAUGAACGUACAGAACAAAAACUCCUCCUACUUUGUCGAAUGGAUCCCAUCCAACUGCAAGACCGCUGUUUGUGACAUUCCACCAAAGGGAAUGAAAAUGUCCGCAACAUUCAUCGGAAACUCAACCGCGAUCCAGGAGCUUUUCAAGCGAGUGUCGGAACAGUUCACGGCUAUGUUCAGGCGCAAAGCUUUCUUGCAUUGGUACACAGGCGAAGGCAUGGACGAGAUGGAAUUCACUGAAGCCGAGUCCAACAUGAACGAUCUCGUGAGCGAAUACCAGCAGUACCAGGAAGCAUCAGUCGAUGAAGAUUGUGAAUUCGAAGAAGAAGAACACGAAGAAGAAGCCUAAGUGGCACUAAGCGAUAUUCCUUCUAAACUCAUCUGUCUGUGUGCACCAUGUUAACCGGUCCCUGUUUCCUUCAUUUCUUUCAGCUCCUUUCUGGAUCGUUCUUUUCAUGAUUUUAAAUUUUUGUAAGUAACAAAAUCUUAACAGAACUCACUCGCAUUUAAAUUAAUAUUUCUUGACGCGUUUCAGUUGCGGUCAACGAAAUAAUAGAAGAAAAGAAGUAAAAUUCAAAAAAGAAAUAUUGACUUGUGCCAGUGAGUGACGUUAAAAUUGUAUUAUUCAUACGAAACUCGUAUAGUCGUAUUGUUUUUUAAAAUUUUUGUAUCGUCAUUAUUACUUUGCCAACUUACCAUUUAUAUGUCCUUUAUUUAUUCUGGUUCUCAAAGUAUCAACUUUUUACCAUGAAAUUUUAGGAGCACUGUUGAUUACUGAUUUGAAAUCAAAUUCGAAUUUUAUGUGUAGAUCUUAAUUGUUUCAGCUUUCAUCAAAAUAUAUAUACAUUUUUUUUUUUUUCAUCUUCCGUUCAAAUAUUGUGAAGGCUGUUUUAACUUGAUGACUCCUUGUUGGCAUCACAUGUUGUAUUUGUAUGUGAUAUUAAAAGUUAAUUUCUCGAAAAUCAAAAAAAAGAAUUUUCAAAGCUGUCACAAAUUAAGAAGUUACGCAUGGUGACAUCGUGCCAAAAAAGUAUGUUCAAAUAUUUCUUCAUGCCAUGUGUAGGUACUUAUUUAGUUAUUAUUCUUAAAUUACUUAGUAUACAUUUGUCCUCAAGUACCUUUUACUAAUAAGUCAUGUUGCUAUUCAGGAAAAUCUAGAAUAUUGAUGGCCUAAGUCAAAAAAUUUGUAUCACAGAUUGUUACGUUGUAAAUCUCCACUCAUGUUUUAUUUCAUUCAAGGAAACCCUCCCGAAAAUAUGUUUCUCUAGAAAUUUUCUGUGAACUUUCUUCUCUCAUUCUUUGAAAAGCACAGAAAACAUUUGAAACAUUUUUGAACAUUUGGAAACAUUUUGAUUAGUUUUCCUUGAAGGAAACAAAACGUAGUUGGAGAUUUUUAAAUGUUGUAAUUGAGAUACGCAUUUUUCGUAUUAAGCUAUCGAUAUGCUUGAUGUACUUUUUGAAAUACUCAAUAUUUGUUAGGUGUAAUACUCUGAUUGAAACAAUGUGUUGAUCCACACAAAUUUAGUAUUUAGUCGCGAUGCUUCAAAAUUCUCACUUUUAGAAGAAUUAUUGAAUGUGUGAUUUUAUUUUGCCAAUUAUCAAUGCAACGUAAUUCUUCCGUAGGCAAGUCGGUCUCAAUUUAAUUCUCUAACUCUAUGCAGUUAAUGUAUUCUCUCAUAAAAGCAUUUACGUUUUUAAUAGGUGUGAAUUCAAAUGUGUGUGUAUUUACAAAGUACUCUCGGCUCUCAAUGCUUGACAGUAUCUAUUCUUUCAGUACCUUUUUGUAAAUAACGUCUUUCAUCUAGGACCUGGUUAAUUGUGGUUUUCAAUUUGUACUGUUGUAAAUACCUAAUAAAAACCGAUUUUGUAAUAAA